AUGGCGGCGCAGGAAGGGAUGUCCGACUCGCCCUUGCGGGUCCUGGAAGAAGCGUUAGGAAUAGGUUUGACUGCAGCUGAGGAGACCGCAGACACUGUGGCCGCCGAGGGCGCCUACUACCUGGAGCAGGUUGCCAUAACUGAAGCAUCUGAAGAUGACUAUGAAUAUGAAGAGAUACCAGAUGAUAAUUUCAGCAUUCCAGAAGGUGAAGAAGAUCUGGCAAAAGCAAUUCAGAUUGUCCAAGAUCAGGCUACAGAUACUUACAUUUUGGAGCAGAAAACAGUUCUUCCUUCAAAGCAUGUGGUGCCUGAAGUAAUAGAGGACUUUUUCUGCAAUUUCCUGAUCAAAAUGGGAAUGACCAGAACUCUUGAUUGCUUUCAAUCUGAAUGGUAUGAAUUGGUACAGAAGAAGGUGACUGAACUUAGAGAUGGUGGGAUUGUUCCAGAUGUCUAUGCCCAGAAUAUGCUUUUAGAAAGUGAGAACAAAAAUUUGAAGAGAGACUUGAAGCAUUACAAAGAGGCAGCUGACAAGGCUAGAGAAGAUCUACUAAAGACUCAGAAAGAACGUGAUUUUCAUCGAAUGCACCACAAACGAAUAGUCCAGGAAAGGAAUAAAUUAAUUAAUGACCUCAAAGGGUUGAAGUUACAUUAUGCAUCUUAUGAGCCAACUUUGAGAGUAUUACAUGAGAAGCACCACACUUUACUGAAGGAAAAAAUGCUGACCUCCUUGGAAAGAGACAGAGCACUUGGGCAGAUUUCUGGACUUCAGGCAACACUGUGGCACAUGGAAACAGGGCGUAGUUACAAUGUUCCUGAAAUUAAAGUUGGUGAAAGUGAUGAAAGAAAAAAUGUACCAGAAGGUCCUACUCAGAAAGGUCUUCGUGAAGCCAGGGAAAAAAACAAAUGUAAAAAGUUGAUGAAAGGAACUACAAAGACCUCCUUUAACAGAAAUCAAGAGGGAGCCUAUGAUCUCAGAGCAAGAUCAGCCCUCUGUCCAACUUCACAUCUCCAUCAUCAGGAGUCAAGAAGAAACUGUCAAACUUGGAAUAAGACCACACCUCCGCAGGACAUUGACAGGGGACAGCAGAGUACCCAAGCAAUCAGAAUAAGACCAUACAUCUACAGGAGAGCAUGCCUUUGUCAGCAGGAGACAAAUGGGAGACCCUGAGCAGCACAUGUCUGUGGCCUGUCUUCCCCUAAACCUCUCUUUUCUGAACACCUAUACCUUUAUCCAUAUUCUUUUCUGUCUAAAGAAUCCCAGAUAUCCCAGUUCAUCAUUUAUCGCAGAACUCUAAACCUCCCUAAGCUGCCCUACUUCAAUUUUUCUGCUUCUACCUCUCCUUUUCCUUUCCUGACUCCUGAAAUCCUUUCUCUCUACUCUCCAGACUCAAGAUCAAUAAUCAGCAAAAUCCUUUAUAUCUUCAACCUCUAUUGUGAUUCUUCCCUUCACCUUCUCCACCAAUGGAAAUAUAGCUUCCAAUGACAGUUUCAAUAGUAGUCAGUGGGGUUCUGGUAAAUGUUUAAUGACCAGCUCUUUGGGAGAAAACAGAAAGGCCCGAUUAAUGUUUUCCAGUUUCCAUGCUGUCACGGUGGCUCUUCAAGCUACGGUGUUACUUCACUGAAUGUGGAGUUAGCAAGUGAUGCCCAUAGUUAGUUCUCCUGAGCUAGUAUGAGCCCAUUCCAAUAUACCACUCCUUGUAGCAUUCUGCAGUGGUGGUGUUCUCUCCUCUACUCAACUCAACUAUUACAUUGACUAUGAAGUAGGAUAAGUGUCCCCUUUUGCUUUUCACUGCUGACUUCAGUCCCUUUUCCCCUACUCCUUCAUCAGUACACAUUGCCUUGAAUCUCAUAAGAUUAUACCAUUUUUUUUAUUAUAGACACCUCUUCCUAGGUCAUUUUAAAAAUAUUAAUCCCUGUGACACUGUCACUUUCUUAAAAAUGAUUUGUCAUAAUUCUUGGUGAUUGAAAUAUUCACAUGGGUGAUCCUCCUUCCAAUGCUCUGGACUCAGUUUACUGUGUCUCUUGUCCAGUGAUCCUGUUCUCCAUCCAUUCUCAGCCACUCAAUUUUAUGAUUGCUUCUAUGCCAUCUUAUUGCCAAUAACUGUCAUGAAUUUUCAUUUCCUUUGCUGUUUGCUCCUCAUCUCCCAAAUCUCUACAUAUUGAAGGUUCACAGGGCUCAGUUCUUCAUCUCUUCUGUUUGCUGUUGUCAUUCCCUGGGUGAUCUCAUUCCGUUAAUGACUCCUUAAUUUUUAUCUUCAACUAGGAUCUCUUCCCUGCUCCCUAGUUUUCUAUAUCCGACUGUCUUCUUGACUCUUACAGUUACAUAUCAAUUCCCCACCAACACUGUAUCUCCUACAAUUUUCUCCAUCUUAAUUAAUGGAGACUAUAUCCUUCCAGUUUCUUAGCCAAAAAUAUUUGAAGUCAUCCUUGAGUCAUUUCUUUCUCAUGUACCUCACAUCUUAUAUGAAAGGAAAUUAUUUUGUUUCUAUCUUUGAAAUAUAUACAGACGUCCAUCCUUUCUUACCACUAGCACUGUUGCUUGCUAGACCAAGCUGCAAUCAUCUCUAGCUCAGAUUAUUGCAGUGGUCUACUAACUGGUCUCUCUGCUUCUGUCUUUGUCUCCCUUUAUUCUCUUUUGAACACUACAGCCCCCUUAAUUGCCUCUGUUUAAGAUCCUCUUAAAACAUGUCUGUCCCCAUAGCAUUUCUCUGCUGGAAACUUUUCGGUGGCUUCUUAUCUUAGAGUUACAGAUAAAAUCAUUAUAGCUUCUGAACCCUACAUGAUCUGGCCCCUUUUUUCAUCUCUGACCUAAUUUUUUAUUACCCUCCCCUUCAUUUCCUCAACUAAAAGCCACACUUGCUGCCUACCUAUUUGUAGAAUACUCUAAGCAUGUUCCUGCCUCGAGGCUUUUGUGCUUGAUUUUUCCUCUGCUAAGUUAUCUUCCCUCAGAUAUCCAUAUGGCUCAUCCCCUCACUUCCUUUAAAGCUUUAAUCAAAUGUCUUCUUUUUAGAGAAACCUUCCAUGACUACCCAAUCUAAAUUUUGAUGCUGCCUCUCAUUCCUGGACACUUCCUGGGGCUUCCUGCUUUAUUUUUUCUCUUUACAUGUCUCAUUGCCUAAUAUAUUUAUGUUAUACUUAUUAACUUAUUUUUUCCUCCCUAGAAUGUAAGCUCUAUGAGAACAGAGAUAUUUUUCACUGCUCUAUCCCCAGUGCCAAAAACAUGACUGGCAAAUAGUACACCAUAAAUAUUUGUAUUUGAAUGAAUGUGUAAGUGAAAAAAAAUGUGUUCUAUUUGUUGCUGUUUAUAUGCAUAUAAUUUAUUAAUCUAACAAUCUUAGAUACAGUGAGCUUGCUAAACUCUAUUUUUGUAACUUCAGUGUAGAUUCU